AUGUUGUUAAUGCUACAACAAGAGGUACAAAGAUUAAUAAGUUUUAUUCAAAAAGAAUUGGUCAACGUAGCGAAUAAAACUGAGUUACAAAAUUUAAUUUCAUUAAUAUCUAAAUUAGAGGAUAAGAUUGCAAAACAAAAAUUAGACAUUCAACAAUUGAUAGAUAACAUUCCAGAUGAAAAUGAAGAUACGUUUCAACAGGAAUUAAAUGCUCUGGAAACUAAACUUAACAGUGAAUUACAAAAAGAACUAACAAAUAUUAAAAAACAAAUACAAAACAUAGAUGAUAGCGAAAUCAAAACCUAUAUUCAACAACAAAUACAAAACAUAGAUGAUAGCGAAAUCAAAAACUAUAUUCAUCAACAAAUACAGAACAUUGAUGAUAGUGUUAUUCAACAACAGAUAACCACUAUUAAUAACCUAGUUUUAAAACAGGACAAAAAUAUACUCGCAUUAGAAAAAAAGUUUCUCAAGAAAGAAUCAUAUUAUUUUAAACUUCCAUUUCAAAAUUUGAGUGAUGAAGAUGUUUCUAUUACUGAUAAUAUUGAUAGAUCAAAAGGCUAUGAAUAUAAAAAAUAUGGAUUUACAAGACAAAAUUUUCUAAUAUCUAAUAAAAGACGUCUAUUUAACGCUCGUAAAAUUAACGACGAAAACACCAAGGUUAAUCACUUAUAUGAAAUUAAAACGAGUGGAAAAUAUAUAGAUAGGUUUAGAAUGUUAAUCAUACCAGAUAAUGAAGAAGAUUUUCUUACUCUGAGUGAUUUUGAUAUGAUAAUGGAGACGGAAACUCCACCAUCAAUGAAUAUUAUUAGAAAUCCAGAACCACAAACAAAAGAUAUAAGCAGUUAUCAGUUUUUACGAGCAACAGACUUUGAAUACGUAAAACUAUAUUUUGUUGAUAAUGAUAUAUUUACCUCAAUUGAUAUUCAUAAAAGUCAACAAAAACAAACAUUUUUAAUAAGAGAUGAUUCAUAUGUUAAUAUAUCAAUCUCUAUUAAAAAACCAAAAUUUUCAGUUCAUCUGAAUAAGAUUAAUGAUUCGAAAGAACAAAUAUCGUUAGUAACUGUAAAAGUUGUUAUUAAUAAACACCUAGAUGCUUUAUCAGAAGUUCACUUAAUUUAA